CUUUGCGCAAACUUGCUCUUUUGACAACUAGUGGCGUCUGACGCGAGACCCCUUGCCUUGCCCGUCAUCAUCCGUCAUUGUGGUAGCAACUCAUCGACGCCAUUCGCUGGCCCAAUCAUUGAGGCCACCAAUUUUCAGCUGUCCUCAAAACGAGCAUCCCUCCCAGUCCAAGAAUUUCUGGGAUCCUGUUGUCUUUGCCUUUGUCCUGGUUGUGGCGAGCCGACCUGAACCACCAUGGCUACUGAGGAGCCCAUGCUCAUGCGAAUCCCUCCGGAAAUUCGCAUGCUGAUAUACGAAUACCUACUCGACAAUGGCGGAAACAGAGAUAUCGCGAUCCGGAAUCAAUCGAAGUGCGAGUAUCAGGCUCGCCGCUCAAAGUGUCAAAGGUCCGCCUACCACAUCGUGGAGCGGUCGUUUGCCAAGAUGUCAUACGAAACAACAUACUGCGCUGACGGCGAAACCGAUCGAGCGAUGCACACGGCGGUCAUGCACAUCAACAGAAAAAUCCGGGAAGAGGCGUCCCAUUUUCUGUACACAAGACACGCCUUCCACUUUGGCGAGGACCUGGAGGCCGUGGUGCCUUUCCUCGCUGAUAAGACACCACGCACUAGAGACUUAGUUCGAGAGAUCAGUCUCUACAAGCGCAGCCCAACCAAUACUGUUGAGCCAGACUCAUAUGACUGGUCUUCAGUCUGUCGCUUUCUCCGAGACUCCCAGGGCUUGGAUAAGCUGACACUCGUCAUCGAAGGUGCCCGGCCAAGAGGGCCAUGGGAUGGACCGCAGAAUCUGACUGUUUCCGACUUUAGGCUGUUGUAUACGACUAGACACGACAGCCUCGAGUGGGCGCGAGAGCUGGCGUCUGUCAAGACGAUCAAGGAGGUGGAGAUUGUUGCGGAUAUUCACCACCUGCCGCACCCUCAGUCGAACAUGAUGCUGGUCCUAGCUGCGUUCUCGGCGUCGAUUGAGACGUCGCUGGUGGAUUUCCUGCGAGAUGAUUUGGGUAUUCCUGCGCGAGUUGGAAAAGCAAAGUAUUGCGGUACGGGUUCUUUUGGGCGGUCGAAGAACUGUCAACGGAACGGAUGUCUGACAAGCUGAAUUGAGUCGUGUUAAGCAGAGGAGUUGAGGGGAAGUCAGAUUGUCGAAAACGAGGCGCGGUAAAGACAGAACGCGAGGAGUUGGGUUGCAUCAAGUGGUAGGGCAAGUACGAACGGUCGUAACUGACAUUGGCGCAUCGGGUAAUCUGUCGCAGCCUAUCAUUGUAAUGACAUCUUUAUGAAUUAAUGAGAAAAAAGAUGGU